AUGAAAUUUGGUAUGUAUAUAGUUUAAAACCCGCGUUCAAACAUAGGCUACUUUUUUUUUCAAAAAUCGACCCCCAAAAUAGUCAAAUGGGGGGUUGAAAGUUUGUAUGAAAAUCAUCGUUCCGCUUUCACGCCUGAACCGCUGAACCGAUUUUAAUGAAAUUUGGUAUGUAUAUAAUUUAAGACCCGCGUUCAAACAUAGGCUACUUUUUUUUUCAAAAAUCGACCCCCAAAAUAGUCAAAUGGGGGGUUGAAAGUUUGUAUGAAAAUCAUCGUUCCGCUUUCACGCCUGAACCGCUGAACCGAUUUUAAUGAAAUUUGGUAUGUAUAUAAUUUAAGACCCGCGUUCAAACAUAGGCUAUUUUUUUUUUCAAAAAUCGACCCCCAAAAUAGUCAAAUGGGGGGGUGAAAGUUUGUAUGAAAAUCAUCGUUCCGCUUUCACGCCUGAACCGCUGAACCGAUUUUGAUGAAAUUUGAUAUGUAUAUAGUUUAAGAAUCGCGUUCAAACAUAGGCAAUUUUUUUUAUUCGAAAAUCGACCUCCAAAAUAGUCAAAUGGGGGGGUGAAAGUUUGUAUGAAAAUCAUCGUUCGGCUUUCACACCUGAACCGCUGAACCUUUUUUAAUGAAAUUUGAAAUGCAUAUAGAUUAAGAUACGCGUUCAAACAUAGGCUACUUUUUUUUCAAUAACCCACCCCCAAAACAGUUAAAGGGGGGUGAAUCAUCGUUCCGCUUUUACGGCCUAACCGCUAGACCGAUUUUGAUGAAAUUUGGUAUGUCUGUAUACAUACAUUUUAGUAUUUUUAUUUAUCGUCAACAGAAAUUUAUAAUCUGUGAAAAUGUCACCUGUAGCUAAUACGGAUCAUGAGACACGCCUGGUGACAGGAGGAUGGGUGAGCGGACAGACGAACUGACAGACAGACGGACACCGAAGUCGAGUACUAGGGUCCCAUUUUUACCCUUAAGGUACGACGGAACCCUAAUAAGUGUUAAUUUUUGAUAUGCAAAAGAUUAGAAAAUUUAUUCCUUCAAUGAACAAUUUGUUUGAUAAUGUAGCAAUAGAUGGCGCCACCAUGUAAAGUAAAAGUCGCUAUCGUUUGUCGUUCGACAAUCAAUAAGACUUCUAUGAUUUUGGAAGCAUUUUUAACCUCAGUUAAUAAGUUGUUGGUCGUUUCGUAUUCAUGCUUGAAGACGUUUCGUUGUGUUUUGUUCAUUUGUAUUGAAAAUUAAAAUAUGUUCAUUGGUUGAUUUUGAUUUGUUGUUUUGGUUGGUUUAAUUAAAUAUUAAUUUGAUUUGUUUAUUUUUAUUUGUUUAGGUCUGUAUUUAUAUAGUACUUAUUUAUAGGAUUAGAGUUAUUCAUGUUUAGGGUUUAGAUCUGCAAUUCUGUAGUAUUAUAGGUUUAUAAGUAGGUUAAGUUCUAUAAUAUUUGGUUUAGUAGAUUUUUUUUUGAAUUAUUAAUUUGAGUGUAGUACAAGUUUAGGGUUUAGGUCUGCAAUUGUGUAGUAAUAUAGGUAUUUAAGUAAGUUAAGUUGUAUAAUAUUUGGUUUAGUAGAUUUUUUUUAUUAUUAAUUUGAUUUGUUUUGACUUGACAUACUUAGAUUCUUUUUUCUUUUCUUAAUUCGCUGUUUUUAUUGCAAAGUUUAUUUUAGGCAAUUUUUGGGUUUAGGUUUGUAUAUGUGUAGUACUUAUUAAGUAGGUUAUUUUUAAUCUUUAUUAUAUUUACGUUCGGCAUAGGUCGAAUCGAACAUGCCUCGCAAACGUAAAUCCAAUUUGUCACAAUGCUCAGCCAAAGCUCGAGCUCAAAAAAAUGCACGAGCCCAGGAAAGUCAGGAGCAAACUCAGGCUCGCCUGACUGCAGACGCAGAGCGUCACGCAGAUCAUAGAGCUGCAGAAACAUUUGAGCAGUCUCAAGCACGUCGGGCUUUGGAUGCGGAGCGUCACAGGGUCUUAAGGUCUCAAGAAACGUUGGAGAAAACUCAUAGACGUCAAAAAUUAGAUGCUGAUCGUCAUGCGUCUACAAGAGCAGCUGAAACAAUAGAACAAACUCAGGUCCGACAACUCUUAGAUUCUGAACGCCAUGCGUCUUUAAGAGCUGCGGAAUCUUUAGAGCAGUCUCAAGCACGUAGGCUCUUAGACUCCGAACGCCAUGCAUCUGUAAGAGCUGCGGAAUCUUUAGAGCAGUCUCAAGCACGUAGGCUCUUAGACUCCGAACGCCAUGCAUCUGUAAGAGCUGCGGAAUCUUUAGAGCAGUCUCAAGCACGUAGGCUCUUAGACUCCGAACGCCACGCUUCUCUAAGAGCUGCGGAGACAUUGGAGCAGUCCCAUGCACGUCGGCUCUUAGACGCAGACCGACAUGCAGAACGAAGACGCACUUUUGCACGUAACACUUGGGAAGGUUUUAAGGAUGCUGCAUUUGAUUAUGACCCUACGAUUGAUUAUGUUAAUCAUAAUUUGGUUAAUAUAGGAAGAAUGAUUUUAAAGUGUAGGUACUGUGAAGCGCUGAAAUGGAAGGACGAAACUAAUGGCAUGUGUUGCUCUGGUGGCAAAAAUUCACUUCCGUUAUUAGGUGAGCCAGAAGAACCUUUGAAAACUUUAAUGUUGCACGAAAGCGAUGAAUCAAAACGGUUUUUAAAUAAUAUUAGAAAAUAUAAUUCAUGUUUUCAGAUGACUUCUUUUGGUGUGGAUAGAGAAGUUGUGAUGCCAGGGUUUUCACCUACUUUUACGAUUCAGGGUCAAAUUUAUCAUAGAGUUGGCUCAUUACUUCCACCAGACAACCAACAGCAUAAUUUUUUACAGAUUUACUUCUUAGGGGAUGAGACCUUAGAAGCGGAUCGUAGGUGUACUGUUAUACAUGGUGUAGAAAGAGAAACUGUUUUAAUCCUGCAGAGAAUGAUGCAUGAACAUAACAGACUCAUUAAUACUUUUAAGACGGCUUUAGAGAUACUGCCAGGAGAAAACUAUAAAUUAGUCAUGCACCCUGACCGUACACCAAGCGGAGAACAUGAGAGACGAUAUAAUGCACCCUUAAUAAAUGAAGUAGCAGCCAUGGUUACAGGAGAACAAUUCGCAACUCGCGAUAUAAUUUUGCAUCUACGUGAUAACAGAUUAAAUCGAGUGCCUGAUACCCAUAAAUAUUAUGACGCAUUACAAUAUCCAAUAAUAUUCAGCAGGGGACAAGAGGGAUAUCACUUUCAAAUAUCACAAAUUAAUCCGGUUACGCGUCUUCCUGUGGCAAAUAAAAAAGUAUCAUGUAUGGACUUUUAUGCGUAUCAUAUGAUGAUACGAGAAAAUGAUUUUAAUAUUAUACCACGAUGCAGGCAGUUAGCCCAUCAAUUCUAUGUGGAUAUGUACGUUAAAGUUGAGAGUGAACGACUAAGAUACAUAUCAUUGAAUCAAUCAAAAUUAAGAGCUGAAAACUACAUCCAUCUUCAAGAUGCUGUAACAAAUGACGCAAACAUUAACCCUAAUAAUUUAGGGAAAAUGGUUAUUUUACCGUCUUCAUUCGUAAACAGUCCACGGUACUUACACGAAUACACUCAAGACGCAUUCGUUUACGUGAGGACAUAUGGUCGUCCCGACUUAUUUGUUACAUUCACAUGCAAUUCAGGAUGGCAUGAAAUAGUCGAGGAAUUGAUGACGGGACAAAAGGCAAUCGAUAGACAUGAUGUAGUGGCAAGAGUUUUCAGACUGAAAGUCAAAAAACUAAUGGAUGUCAUUACUAAAGGGAAAAUAUUUGGAGAAAUGUUAUGUUUCAUGUAUUCUGUAGAAUGGCAGAAACGUGGGCUGCCUCAUGUGCAUAUAUUAUUGUGGUUAAAACAAAAGUUACGAUCCGAUGAAAUCGAUAAUAUCAUCUGUGCUGAAAUACCGGAUCCUAUUGGUGAUAAAGCACUACAUGAUAUUAUCGUAAAAAAUAUGAUCCAUGGUCCAUGUGGACCUGAGAAUCCCCAAAGUCCCUGCAUGAAAGAUGGUAAAUGCACUAAAAAAUUUCCUCGGAAGCUUAUCAAAGAGACUGUGCAUAAUGAUAAUGGAUAUCCGAUGUACCGUAGAAGAGCGCCCGCAGACGGAGGUCGAACGGCAAAUAUAAAACUCCGAAAUGGUAGUGACAGUACUAUAGACAAUAGUUGGGUGGUCCCAUAUUCACCAAUUUUGUCUAAAAUGUUCAAUGCCCAUAUAAAUGUUGAGGCUUGCAAUUCAGUACGAGCAAUAAAAUACAUUUGCAAGUACAUUAAUAAAGGAAGCGACCAAGCUAUUUUUAAUUUCAGAAAUACAGAGGUCGCUAAUCCUGUAGAUGAAGUACAGACGUAUCAGUCUGGUCGUUACGUUAACAGCAAUGAAGCAGUAUGGCGGCUAUUAGGAUUCCCGCUACAUGAAAGGCACCCCACCGUCACACACCUUAGCGUUCAUCUGGAAAAUGGUGAACGUGUCUAUUUCACAGAAAAUAAUUUUCAAGAGAGACUAUCAUCUCCUCCGAAAACGACACUCACCGCUUUUUUUGAUCUGUGUAAAAAAGAAGAUUUUGCGAAAACGCUUCUCUAUGUUGAUUUACCACGAUAUUAUACUUGGAACAAAACAAGAAAAGAAUGGAAACGCCGAAUCCAAGGAGCACCUGUUCUGGAUUGGCCUGGUGUAAAAUCUGGAGAUGCCUUAGGUCGAGUUUAUACGGUCCAUGUUAGUAAUAUGGAAUGUUUUUGUUUGAGAAUGCUUUUACAUCAUGUGCGCGGACCAACCUCUUUCAGAGAUCUUAAAAAACUUGGUGAUCAGGAAUUUUUGACUUUUCGAGAAGCAUGUGAGGCAAGAGGGUUAUUAGAAAAUAAUAAUCAUUGGGAUAUAACUAUGGAAGAGGCUGUACAAUGCAGAUCUGCUUCCAAGGUGAGAGAGCUUUUUGCAAUAUUGAUUGCAACAUGUGGACUUUCCAACCCUCAACGAUUGUGGGAAAAGUAUAAAAACGAUAUGGCGGAUGACAUUUUACACAGACUACAAAUUCAGAAUCCGAAUGUUUCAUACAAUGAUUUAAUUUAUAAUGAAGCGCUAACAAUGAUUGAAGACCAAUUGAUAAAUAUUACUGGAAAAAAUUUAUCUGAUUUUGGAAUGAGCAGGCCACAAAGAAUUGGGGAAGUCAGUAAUGAAUUAAUACGAGAACUAGAUUAUGACACUGAUUCUUUAAUGCAACAAAUAACAGAUGCCCUUCCACUUUUGAAUCCAGAACAAAAAUUAGUCUUUGACACUGUAACAAACAAACUUGCCAGUGGUGAUGGUGGUUUGUUCUUUUUGGAUGCUCCAGGAGGCACUGGCAAAACCUUUCUUCUGAACCUUUUACUAGCUCAAAUCCGAAAGGAUAAAGGAAUUGCCGUUGCAGUAGCUUCCUCUGGAAUAGCUGCUACGCUACUUAGUGGAGGAAGAACAGCGCACUCCGUACUUAAACUACCAUUAAACUUGGCUCAAGAGGAAAUGCCAAUUUGUAAUAUUAGCAAAAAUAGUGACCGUGGGAGAAUGUUGCAGCAAUGUAAGCUGUUGGUUUGGGAUGAAUGUACGAUGUCCCAUAAAAGAGCAAUCGAAGCCCUAGAUCGUACUAUGAAGGAUUUAAAGAGCAACCGGAGCAUAAUGGGAGGAAUGAUUGUACUUUUAGCAGGGGACUUUAGGCAGACCUUGCCGGUCAUUACUAGGGGUACACAAGCAGAUGAAAUAAACGCCUGUUUGAAAGCAUCUGCAUUAUGGGUACAUGUAAAAAAGUUUUGCUUGACUGUAAAUAUGCGUGUACAAGUGCACAACGAUGUUCAAGCAGGGCAAUAUACGGCUGCUCUUCUAAAAAUUGGAGAAGAUCGUAUGCCAACAGACUGUGACGGUUUGAUUUCACUGGGACAGGAAUUAUGUGAAGUGGUUAAUAAUACAGAGUGUUUAAAAAAUAACGUUUAUCCUGAUUUACCAACAAAUAUGGGCAACAGGGAAUGGUUGUGUGAAAGGGCAAUUUUGGCGCCGACAAACCAAAUUGUAAACCAAAUCAACGAAGAAAUUAUGUCUGACCUGCUGGGGGAUGUUGUUGAGUACCUUUCUGUAGAUAAUGUUAUGGAUACUGAACAAGUGACAUCGUACCCUAUUGAGUUUCUCAAUUCUUUGGAACUGUCAGGAGUACCUUCCCAUAAGCUGAGGUUGAAGGUUGGUGUUCCAGUUCUGUUAAUGAGAAACCUUGACGCACCAAGACUUUGUAAUGGUACACGGCUACAAAUUAAUCAUCUAGGACGCAACAUUGUCAAAGCUACAAUUAUGACUGGAAUGGCAAAAGGGGAAAAUGUUUUGAUUCCCCGUAUACCCAUAAUACCAACUGAUUUGCCAUUUCAGUUUAAAAGAGUGCAGUUUCCUUUAAAAGCAGCGUUUGCCAUUACAAUAAACAAAGCUCAGGGGCAAACACUUAAAGUUGCAGGUAUACAUUUGGAAAAGUGCUGUUUUUCUCAUGGACAACUCUAUGUGGCGUGUUCACGAGUAUCAAACCCGCAAAAUCUUUAUGUUUUUUCGAAAGACGGAAAAACUAAAAAUAUUGUCUAUAAAAAUGUUUUGAAAUAAGCUCCUCCUUUUAACACGUGUACUAGCUGUGCUCAAAACUUCGUUUGCGUGCAAUUCGAAGCUGUCCGUGAGAGAAACCGCACUUCCACAAAUCUACACCAACACGACUCAUAGCCUCUCCCUGAGCUUUGUUAAUUGUCAUACAAAAACUUACACUUACUUGGAACUGAACGCGUUUAAAACCUAAUUAUUUGGGAUGAGCGGUAUUCGUGGAAUGAAAACACACUCUCCUGCUCUACAUCCUGAGCAUAAUUUGUGAUUUUAUAACAUCGGAAUAAUAAUAAAAUGUAUAUAAGAUGUUAGCCCGGUAUAUAAAGUACCUUCAUACCAAAUUUCAAGUAUAUCGGCCCAGUUGUCAAUUUUUUUACUAUCCUACGGGAACCUGACCAUUGACCGGGAUAAAAUGUAUCUAAUAUGUUACUGAGUAUGUAAGGUACCUUCAUAUCAAAUUUCAAGUUAAUCGGUCCAGUAGUUCGCUUUUUUUACUUGGCCGGUUAUUUUCGCUCCCGUGAAAAUUUCGGGAUAAAAACGACUCUAUGUGUUAUUCUAGGCUAUAUUCUACCCAUUUACUAAAUUUCAUCAAAAUCUGUCCAGUAGUUUUUGCGUGAAAGAGUAACAAACUCCGCAAGUACGCUGACGAAGUCGCGGGUACACAGCU